AUGGUCCUGCUCCUGCCCCCGAUCGAAUCCCUGCUCUCGCAACUCGUCAGCUCCCAAGCGUCCCCCCACACCGUACUCCUCCUCUCCCUUCCCUCCGGCUCCGUACUCGUAUCCCAGUCCACAGCCAGCCAGAAACCCUGGCCCGAGUUACCCUGGGGUGAUACGCUUUCCGAAGAGGAUCGCAACAAGACGUUCGCGGCGGUGGGGUCUAGUUGCUGGGAGGCGAGCAGAGCGGCCGAGGACGACGAGGGGACAGCGCCUAAGCGCGAGGCCGAGCGGGAUCCUUUGAGGUUGCAGACUGAGGUCAGUGGACGACUUCGCCUUUGAAACGAACCCCCCUUGAACCCAUGGUCUUUGCUCGUUGUGCCUAUAGUACGGCCGGACCCUCCUCCAGGCUUUUGGCUCGUUCCUCCUCGUCCUCGUCGCUUCUCACGUCACACCCUGGACCGUAUUGGAGCAUAAAGUACGCAAUCUGCCCCCAGCAAAAAAAAAAAAAAAAAAACACGACCGAAAACUUUCUUCGAGGCUGACGAUGGCAUUACUUCGGGAAUUUUCUUUGCGUAUACAGUUGAAAGCGGCGGAAGAGGUGCUUCGACAACCUUUGGAACAAGUCUCGAUACCGAUAACCAACUCACGGAACGGAGGAGGAUCGGAAUAG